AUGUUCGGCGGUAUAGUUUGGAACUUGGCCAACAUCCUGCUGUGCAAAGGCAUCGGGAUGAUGGGCAACGCCAUUGGCUUCCCCCUCUGUGUCGGCCUCGGGAUGGUCACCGGGGCUGUGGUGGCCUACGUGCAGGAUCCCAAGAGCGACUUGAAGUUCCUGGUGCCAGGCGUGUUUCUCGCGUUAUGCGCCAUCUCCACCGUCGGGUUGCUGUCUUAUCGCAAGGACCAGGAGGGCUUCCGCCGAGCGGACUCCUCCGAUGAGUCGGAGGUCGACGGCACCGUUUCGCAGUUGGUCACGCCGAGUGGCCGUGCUGAAGCCGUGGCGCCGGUGGAGCCGAUGGAGGCCGCUGCGCCGCCCGCUGGGCCGGCCGCUGGGCACAGCGGAUCACUGCCAGAGGCCGCAGCGGCCUCGUCGCAAGCGCUCGUUGCUCUCGAUCCCGAAGAGGAGAGGAAGGCCGACGAAGAGAACGACAUUCUGCAGCGGAGGAUCGAAGCCCUGGCCCAGAAGCUGGAUCCCGAGAAGAAGAAACCUCGGAGUUCCUCCGCCUCGGAAGACUCGGACUCCUCUGCCUCUGCCUCCUCACGGCCGGUCCAGACUUCUGCGAAACGCAGGAGGCGGGCCUCGAGAGACGACGAGGCAUUGCAGCAGCCUCCCGGCCGCGUCGGCCGUACGACGCCGGACACAUGCCCGGUGCUACAGCCCGUGACUCCGAUCGCCACGCCGCCGGAGAAGGAGGCGGAGGCCCAGCCAGCCUCUAACGCUGAGAGCCCUUCUGCCGAGCCCAGUGCUGUGGACUUCUGGCGGCGGAUGAAGUCGGGAGACAUUCAUCCUGCGGAUCUUCGCGACGGAGUCCAGGCGCUGCUGCAGGGCAACAGCCUCCUCCUGCAGGAGGAGCCAGGUUCUGCAGGCCAAGUCAGCCUGUCCAUGGUCGUGCCCGCUCUGGGACUGCGUGUUACGACACCCGUUCCGCAGAAGCUGCAUGCUACGGCCGAGGGUCGAGCGAUGGCGGAGCAACUGCUGUCUGCCAUGCUGCUGGUGCAGUUGCA